UUGCUGUUUGCGGAACUGAUACUGUUCUACGCGUUGUGUGACAUCAGUUUGAGCGCGGAAAAAGGCAUAUAUUUUUCUCAUGGUCUCAACCAUACCGUAUCGACCGUGGUCACCACCUUUUACAACUAUUUAUACCUGAUGAUUAUGCCACUACAACUAUGUUGUCUUGUGGAACGACUCAUUGCCACGCUGUGCUUUCAUUCAUAUGAGAAAUGUCGUAAAUGGUAUCUUCUGGCUCUAUCUCAACCGUUCUGCAUUGGUUUUGUCUUCUUUGUCGACUAUGGUAUCAUUGCACUUCUUUGUAUAAACCGACGACUCACCAAAAAAUACACUGGAGCUGGCGUUUCCCUAUCCACCCGAUAUCAACUCACUGAGAAUAUUCGAACAUUGAGGGUUUUCCUGCCAAUGAUCGGCUUCGAUACUGUGAUCUCGCUUGUCGAUACUUUGGGAGGAUAUUUCCGUCUUCGCCAAGUCUUUGAUCCGGAACGUUGUGCCUCGGAUCCACCUUAUCUUGCCUUGUACAUAUCAAUUACCAUGGUAAGACGUAUGAUCAUAGACAUAUUGCCUGCAAUUCAGUACCGCAGUCCGAUCCAGUACUCCAGUUUUGAAUGCCUUGAGAGCUCUGCGGUCUCAUCUGGGCUAGAAUUAUCUGAAUCCAUAGUGGUUGUCUGUAGAUAUCCAAAUACGGCGAGAAUUCUUUGCGGAUGCCUUUCGUCAUCAAGUAGCAAGGUCACUACAAAAGGUCCCAGACCGAUUAUCAACGUCUUUGGAUCAGACUUGAUCACCCAACAACAGAACUCCAGGCACUUCGAUGAUCUGAAGAAAAGUUGGAGACAAUGA